AUGGUUUCUACUCGUCGCAAGAAGGCUGUGGUUUCUACGGAGUUCAUCAACGACUCUGAUGAGUCGGAUGGAAAUGAGACUUAUGAAGAGGAGGGUUCGUCUGAUGAGGAAGACGGAGAGGACAAUGACAACGAUGAAGAGGAAGAAGAGGUUGUUAUGAGUGAGCCAGAGAUUGUGGAGGUACCCUCCACCCCACGCAAAUGUGGAAGACCCCGCAAGAUUACUGCUACACCUACCCCAUCAAAAGGGAAAAAGAGAACAAUCAAUGAGGUCACUGCGUCUGAUUCAGAGGCAUCUUUCGUUGCGAGCCCCAUACAUGACAGUCCAAAGAAACCUAGGGUAGCCCCUUCUACGACUAAGAAUCCUCCUGCCACUCCAUCCAAAAACACUCCAGCGAAGGCCAAGGUGGCUAACAAGACAAAGACUCCCACCAAGGCCAAGACAACUCUGGCUGUGAGUAACAAGGUGACCUCUCCUAGCAAAGUGGCUUCCACUAAGAAGAUCAGCGAUGAUGACCCAAGCGAAUCUGGUCAUGAUUCUCCAACGCCAACAGGAAAAAAAAAUAAAGGUCGUCAAGUGAUCUUCGACACUUCUGUGUUGAAGACAAAAGUGAGCAUUGAAAAGUUGAAGAAAAAGAAAACUGCUCCAGAUGUCUUUGACAAGGAUGAGGUCAUGUUCGAUGGUGACAAGACAGAUGACGAUGAAAAGACCGUUUAUUUAGAAGACAUUGAUCAUGAUCCUUCCCCUAGGCAAUUAUUUCUAUUCUUUUACUUGAACUUUGUCUUAUUUGCAACCCAAGUUAUCCGAAGUUGUCUAAAUGUGGAGUUGCCGCGUCUGAUCUUGUCGACCCUCUUCUUAAGGAGACAUAUAAGAAGUUGA